AUGCCAAACACCUCUACCCCACCAGAUGGACAUGACCUUGCCUCCUACACCAUGGAUGUUGACACUAUGUUUCCUCCUCCUGGGGAAGAGGGUUUUUCAUUUAGUCAUGGGGCAGAAGAGGUAUCAUUAGUUCACCGAAUGGCAAAGUCUGACAACAACCACUAG